CCUCGCCUCGUAAACCGGAGGGAACCCGCGGGGGGCCCCCGCUGAUCCGCGGAAGCUCGUCUGGGAAGUGGCUCCCCCUCCGUCCUCAGUGGUAGAGGCCAUAGCCACCGCGCAUGCGCGCGAUGGGUCCCCGGCGCCCGCCAAUCGCAGUCGCGACGGUUGACGCGGCAUGGGCGGAUCCUUGCAGAAGGUUGGGGAUAGCGCUGGACUCCGGCUUCGCAGACGCGCAAGGAGAAGGAAGUAUCCGUGUUUCCUCAUCAAGUCAGGAAUGCCUCUCUUUGGGAGUAUAUUCAGCCCAAAGAAGACCCCUCCUCGGAAGUCUGCCUCUCUCUCCAACCUGCAUUCUUUAGAUCGGUCAACGCGGGAGUUGGAGCUGGGCCUUGACUAUGGAACUCCCACCAUGAACCUGGCGGGACAAAACCUGAAGUUUGAAAAUGGCCAGUGGGUGGCAGACACAGUGAUUAGCGGGGGUGUGGAUCGGAGAGAGACUCAGCGCCUGCGCAAGCGCAACCAGCAGUUGGAAGAAGAGAACAAUCUCUUGCGGCUGAAAGUGGACAUUCUGCUGGACAUGCUUUCAGAGACCACUGCGGAGUCCAACUUGAAGGACAAAGAAUUGGAUGAGCUGAAGAUUAGCAACCGCAGGAGGAAGUGAAGUGCCUGGGAAGGCUCGCUAGGAGAUUAGCAAGCGUCCCGAUGACUGGGGAUGUGGCAGAGCCCUUUGAUGUUUAGUCACAUUAAUAGACUUGCCCUAGGAGAGAGCAUUAACAGACCCUAGCUCCCUUGGACUUGGGGGUAGG